UUGUGUUCACUGCCAGCGUACACCACUGCCAACGUACAUCACCCAGCUGAAAUCAUGAAGAGUUUCCUUAUCCUUACUUUCGUGGUGUGCUGCGCUAUCUGGGGAGAUGCAGCGUCGCUGCUGCCAAGACGCAGGCACUGUUCUCCUCCCUUGGACAACUCCGCUACAUGGAAUAACCUCAUGGCUGUAGCCAAACAUGCGCAAGGACAGGACAAGAGCCACAUGACCCGCAUCAUUCCAAAGAUGUCCGAUAAUAAAUUUAAAGAGAAUGACACCUGCUGUGUGCACGCCAACAUCUUGGACUACUACCUCCGGAAUGUGCUGACUGAUUCUCUGCCGACCGAGGAUCACCACUCUCGUAUGCCCAUAGUCAAAGAAGAGCUGCGCAAAGUCAGAGACGACUUGAAGACCAAUGCCAGAUGUACUGUAGAGAAAUAUGAUGAGUACAACUACAACAGGAAAUUCAGAGAAAAUUUCCUGGCGGCGGGAGUGAAGGCUACGAUCAAGGCCAUUGGCGAGAUUGAUAUUCUCUUUCACUACCUCUACGAAUCCUGCGGACAAGAACGUUGCUAGACAUGCACCUCUACUGGGCACAGGUGCCCAAUGACUAAUUGGGGCACGUGGCCCAGUCAAACAGGUCUAGCAGCACUAUGAACCUGCAACUGACUUAAUGGGCAACAGUCUAUAAAUGAAUUAAAAUAGGAUAAAUUAUUGGAGUUUUAUUAUUGUACUUUUAUAUUUAUUUAUAAGGAAGAACUGUCACAUUUAUUUAUUUAUUUUUUAAUGUCGUUAUUUAUUACUAUUUCUGGAAAUGUUUUACAUUUUGACGUUUGUGGUUGACAAUUAGGUUCACGUUGACCGUGGCAUUGUCAUUGUACACAGGUAGAUUCAACAUUGAAUCACUUCGUAAAUGCAUUGUAAAAGCAUUUUUAAAAAGAGAAUAGGCAAACAUUGGGAAACCAGAUUGUACUGUCAUAUUUCCAACCAAAUGUAUUGUUUUUGUAAAAUUAUUUAAGAAAUAAAGUCA